AAUAAGUUAUAUCAUCCUAUAAUAGAAAUUGCUAAUUUUCUUAAUCCUAAAAUUACUGGAUAUGGAUUACCAAAUAAUUUUAUGACAAUAAUUUCUACUUUUAUUUCUAAAUAUUAUUCUUAUAAUUCAUCAAUUAUUUGGCAACAAAUUAUUUAA